GAAACUUCAAUAACGAUCAGCUGGGCUGACUCUGUUCAUUGGGGAGUGGUUGAAAGGGGUGUUUUUUGGAGUUAUUCCAUUAUUUGAAGGAGUGAUAAAGAAGAUCUUGGAAGCCACCAUAGACUUCAUUCACAUAGAGCCAGCAUACUUUCUGAUCACCAAGAAGAAAUGACUGAGUAUUGGUUGAUAUCUGCCCCAGGGGAUAAGACCUGUCAACAGACAUGGGACACAAUGAAUAACCUAACAAGUAAACAGAAUAAUUUGUCAACUAACUACAAGUUUCAAAUCCCAGACUUGAAAGUUGGUACUCUGGAUCAGUUGGUAGGACUUUCUGACGAUCUGGGCAAGCUUGAUGGGUUCGUGGAGCAGGUUACCAGAAAGGUAGCUCAGUACCUUGGAGACGUACUUGAAGAACAGAGGGACAAGUGGCAAGAAAACCUGAUGGCCAAUAACAGCGAUUUGCCCACUUAUUUAACCCGAUUUACUUGGGACAUCGCCAAAUAUCCCAUCAAGCAAUCGCUUCGUAACAUCGCCGAUAUAAUCAGCAAACAAGUUGGCCAAAUCGACGCUGAUCUGAAGACCAAAUCGUCUGCAUACAAUAACUUGAAAGGAAGUCUUCAGAAUUUGGAGAAGAAACAGACAGGAAGUUUACUAACAAGAAACUUGGCCGAUUUGGUGAAAAAGGAACAUUUUAUUUUGGAUUCUGAAUAUUUGCAGACAUUGUUGGUUAUUGUUCCAAAAGCCCAGUUCAACGAAUGGAAUGCAACAUACGAAAAGAUUACCGACAUGAUAGUGCCCCGUUCUUCGCAACUCAUUACCCAGGAUAACGAAUACGGUCUAUAUACUGUAUCCCUAUUCAAAAAGGUCGUUGAAGAAUUCAAGUUACAUGCAAGAGAAAAGAAGUUCAUCGUUCGUGAUUUUACCUAUAACGAAGAGGAACUGGCAGCUGGAAAGAACGAGAUAACCAAACUCGUCACUGAUAAAAAGAAGCAAUUUGGACCAUUAGUUAGAUGGCUUAAAGUCAACUUCAGCGAGUGUUUCUGCGCUUGGAUUCACGUUAAAGCGUUGAGGGUAUUUGUUGAAUCUGUUUUAAGAUAUGGCCUUCCCGUCAAUUUCCAAGCUAUUUUAAUUCACCCCAAUAAAAAACAAUUAAAACGGUUAAGAGAUGUCUUGAACCAACUUUACGGCCACCUCGAUAGUAGUGCUGCCCUUUCAGGACCUAACGUUGAUAGCGUUGACAUUCCAGGCCUCGGAUUCGGCCAGUCAGAGUAUUACCCAUACGUUUACUACAAGUUAAACGUCGACAUGUUAGAAUCGAAGAUCUAAACUCACGCAUCAAUCCAGACUUUGUUAUUAAUAGGUUCCAAACAAUUUUAAAAAAACGUACUACAAAUACAAAUAGUAUAUUUUUGAUUACUCACUCUUUUGAGGGGCUGUUUUAAUGUCGGUAAUUUUAAGUUUUGUCCUUACUCAACGUCCAUGUAGUACCCCGUCAUUGUAUGUAAAUUAAAAUGGGU